UGACAGUUUGAUUGUUUUGAUACGCUUUUUGUGAUAUAGUUUCCUUCGCUUAUCUUGUGAUUACAUUUUAGUUUUUAUGUCGCUUACAAAACAAAGCAUGGAUUCUGGUGACGGCCUAAAAAUCGAUGCAAAUUUUCCCGCUCUGGAAGCGGAUGAGGACCGUGCUUGGCGCGGUGUUCCCAUGGAUACAAUUUACCGUGGGUUAGGUCGGUACGAGUUGCGACACUUUUUGGAGGUGCGCCCGGCCGAGGAUCACGUCGUUCUGUACAACCUGCCAAUAGAUCCCAACGGAACGGAACCGCCGAGACCUCGGAGAGCCUACACCAAGUGGGAUGCGAACCACGUUCGAUUGCCUUGCUCACACCGCAGUCAGUAUCCGGUUGAACAGGAAGAUGGCAAUAUGUCUCUUGAGAGUCGGUGGGAGCUGGUGCAGAAUGCACUGCUGCAACCGAUUGGUAGCAGCAGGGAACUGGAAAAUGCGAUUCUAUCCUACAAUACGAAAUAUGCGAACAGUUGGAAGUUCAAAUCGCUGCACAAACUCUUCGAAGAAGAACUAGAAGAGGAAGAAAGCGCAGGUUUUUUUGAGUACACAUUGCCGAAGAUGAUCCGAUUGGCUUUAUCGCUUCCUGAACUGAUUCCGGCGGCGAUUCCACUGCUGAAACAGGGUAGUAACAAAUCGAUUUCCUUGACGCAGCAACAGGUCGCUUGUCUGUUGGCAAAUGCAUUCCUGUGCACGUUUCCCAGGCGGAACACUCAAAAGAAGAAAUCCGAGUACAGUCUGUUCCCAGACAUCAACUUCAAUCGGUUGUUCCAAUCUGGCGGCCAAUCAGUGCUGGAAAAGAUCAAAUGCCUUUGCAAUUACUUCCGGCGUGUUUGCUCGAGGAUGCCCUCAGGGGUGUUGACCUUUCAGAGAAGAUACAUCAAUCCGAAGCAGUUUGUGGAUUGGAACAAAUGUGAAGCAGUUAUCGGAAGGGACACGGUUCCGAUACAUAUUAAUUCGGAGGGAACGAUCGAGGACCAGGGCAGAGGAUUACUGCAGGUUGACUUUGCCAAUAAAUAUAUCGGUGGAGGCGUGCUAGGUCAUGGAUGUGUCCAGGAGGAGAUUCGCUUUGUCAUCAAUCCGGAAUUGCUGGUCAGUAAACUGUUUACAGAAGCACUGAAACCGCAGGAAGCACUAAUCAUGAUGGGAUCGGAGCAAUUUAGCGAAUACAGUGGUUAUGCAUCAAGUUUUACCUUCGCUGGGGAUUUUCAGGAUGAGACACCACGAGACGCUAGUGGUCGAAGAGAGUGCUAUAUAACCGCCAUUGACGCGUUGCACUUUGUGCAAAGCAUACAUCAGUAUAGGGAAGAAUUGAUGCUCAGGGAGUUAAAUAAGGCCUACGUGGGAUACUAUCAUCCCCUAUCAACACCUGCUCCAGGGGUCGCAACGGGGAAUUGGGGCUGUGGAGCAUUCGGAGGUGAUGCCAACAUGAAAGCAAUGCUCCAACUGAUGGUUUGCUGCGUACUGAAUCGUCCUUUGGCGUACUACACCUUCGGAGAUAGUGAGCUAAGGGAUCAAAUCUACGCUAUGUAUACGUUUUUAGUCGAUAACAAAGUGAAAGUCUGCGAAAUUUGGCGAACUCUGAGGGAUUUUCGAAGGCAUAGCCUGCCUCCGAGCAAACUUUACGCUUACUUCUACCAAGAUUACUACGACAGAAAAAGCAAACCAUCCUGCUUCAGCCUGAAAAGCUUAAAACCAAAGGAGAAGACUCCGGAGCCUGCAGUGAAAAGCCCUACUCCGGAUCGAGAUCUAUUGGACGACGAGAACCUGGUAAAUCUGAUGACUCAUCUAGUGGACAACGUCGAACCGCAACAGCAACCCUGUUCCUCGUCCUCGUCUUCACUCGAUUCGGGUAAGAAAACCACAACCUCCGCAAUAACACCAUCGCCAAAGAAAUCCUCUCGAGUAUCGCUCAUAGCGGAAUUGGAUCGAAACUACUAUUCCGUUGGACCCGGUCCGGCGAAAAAGCUCUGCCCAUCUACGUCCCCUUGCCCCACGGUGGAGAAUGGCAACGGCAACGACGAAGGCGUGGAAGACAAAUCCGUAAGGAUCCAAAUCGAGGAAGAAGAUCAUCCUGUGGUAGAGGCCGAUGAUGGUGCGGUCAAGUACGAGUCGGAUACGGGUGAGUUUGUGGAAGGGACUCCACCCGAGGAGGUGCGGAAAAAGCAACAAAAUAGAACGAUAUCGGAUUAUUUUUCAAAGAGUGGUAAGUGAGGGGAGAAAGGUUAUUGCUGUUGACAAGUUUUGAAAAUAUAAACGCAGGAUACUGUUAUGUCCUAAAA